CAGGCUAAGGCAGUUGCCAGUGUAAGCAAUGACUGCACAGGCUAACCUUCCAUAGACACAGAAGCAUCCCUCGUGUGGUGUUGGAAUCCCUCUGUCGCCAUGGCUUCACCUUUAGCUGACUUCCCCCAGGAAGGGAAGCGUGAGCAGAUGAAGCGUUUCCUCGAGGACUGUGUUGGUAUGACUGGCGGUGGCUGGGAUCUCAAGGCGGCGUUAAGCGUGACGGGUUACGAGGCUUUCCCACGGGUUCCAGCCGAGAAGUCACCUUCUUCCCUGUCGGAAUUCGAGAACUUCUCCAUGAAUCUGAGCAUUCUGGAAUCUGGGACCAACGACAAAGACGCUCGCUCUGAAGUUCCGGACGUGGACCCAGGAUACGAUGGGGACAUCAACGUCAAACCUACUGCUUCGCCAAAAUGCUCGGUCUCGGUUCGCUCUCUUGAGAGGAAAGCUUCGGUCGUAUUCUCAGAAGAGGAAGGCUGCAAUCACGACAACGUCCAGUUGAUCCCUGGGGAAGCUGACAGCGUAAUCUCUCAGAAGCUCUCUCGCCGUCCAGCGAGUUCGAGGACGCGAAGGACGAUGCAGUCUCCGCGGUUCAAGCGAGGAAACAGGGCACCCCAGCGGAGGCCUGACGGGUUUACCAGGAGACAGCUACCGCCAAGCUCACCAAACCGAGAUGCCUUCGAUUCUGAUAAGGAAAACUGGCGUGGUGAUGCUGACGAGGACAAGUUUUCAGAGAUUCGAGCACCCUCCUCUGCUCUCAAGACACGGUAUCAAGGGCUGAACAUGAGCCCACGACGGUCACCUACAGACUGGGCUCUUUCUCCGAGCAAGCUUUCAGUCAAAACUCUGAACAAGGCUUGCCGAUCCACUUCUUUCUCGGACUGGCUGUCACGGGAUGUGAAGAAAGAGAGCUUCACCAGCAAGAGUCCUGGGAAUCAAGUUGAUUCAAUCAAGCAGUGGAACUGUGACGUUCAGACCACUAGUGGGUCCAUCUCAUGUGAGUUGUCGCCAAAGAUCCGCUCACCGUCCAGGCUGCAGCAGCAGCUACGUGAAGUAGAGUGGGAAGACAUUCCCACCAACGCUGACCAGGAUCCUUUCAAGCUGAAUGGUGUUCAUGACGAGCAUUUUGACUCACUGGCAAGAGAGAGGCACCGCAGGUACCAAAAGCUUCAGGGUACUGCGUCUAAGCAACUUAUUUCUCGUCCCAAAUCCUCGUUUAACCCCUUCCACCGAGCCUUGAGGCGUGUCAAGAUAGCAGGAUUGAAUGUCACCCGAGAAAUCUCCAACAUCUCAUCAUUCCUCUUCAAGACUCCAAAACUGUUCCGCUCGCGUGGAUGGCAAGCUAUCUAAAGAGAUGGAUAUAUACCGUACUUUCAUUGCUUUAUGGAUGUUGAUAUAGUAAUCGCUCUCAAAUUUGCUGUAAUUAAGCUAUGAUAGCUUGUGGUAGAUGCAGUAAGUACCAUAUCAUUGUU